AGAAUAGCGCCGAGUGUAGACAGAUAAUGAGCCAACAUCAGAUCAAGUUAGGUUGUUGGAAGCAAAGUAUGUCGGAUCGAGUAGCAAGUAGAUCUGAAUUACAGCACGAACAGAUGGGCUUAACGUUUCUGCCUUGCAUUGUAACGAGUAACAUCGAGCUUGUAAAAUUUUAAAACGUGCGUUUGUACGUGCGUUUAUUAUAAUUCAACGUAAAGUGCAAAAAUACAAAUUAAAUUACUUAGUUCUGUUACGGAAAGAAACAGCGAAGAUGACUGACAAAGAUAGCGUAAAUACUGACGUUGAUACUAAGAAUUCACCGCCGCAGUCCGACCUGCAUCCAUCGAGAGAUUAGGACUAUCAUCUCUCUGGAAUAUCGGUCGUGGGAAUUCGAGAGAAUGUACAUGUAUAUAUGUAUAGUGUGAUAUAUGUAUAUAUGUGUAUCAUUGUAUUGUGACGUUUAUUCUAAGCACGUUAUUUGCGAUAAAUAUUAUCACAUGCCUCUGUAGUCUCGAAAGGAUAAGAUGCCUGCCCGAUAAGCUGGAGCUCCGGAUUCGUUCGAUUCCUGGGGGCUGAGUAUUAGGAAGUAAACGAUUGUCGGAGCUCGGGAGAACGUUAACGCACGAGCAUUUGGCUAUGGAUUUUCAUACAUUUUACGUACCACCACCGAAACAUCUCAAAUUUCAUUUCCCUGAGGGUUGUCCAUCCCUUCAGAAUAUCGGAUAUAUACGGCAAUAUCCAUAUAGUAGUCUAUAUAACUUGAAGCUCAACGAUGGCGACGCAGCGAAAGCUGUCUACAAAGAUAUGGAAUUAUUUAAGGAAGCUGGUGGCGGGACCAUCGUGGAGAACAGCAGCCAUGGUUUGAAACGCGACAUUUCCUUGAUGAGGAACGUUAGCCGAUCUAUGGGAAUUAACGUGAUCGCGGGAACUGGAUUCUAUGUCGCCAGCACGCAAGAAGCAUCGGUUCUCGCUAUGACUAAAGAAGAAAUGUAUAAUCUGAUGUGUCAAGAGUUGGAAGAAGGCUGCGUGGAAUGUUCCCAUGUAAAGGCAGGAUUUAUCGGGGAAGUUGGCAGUAAUUGGCCGAUCGAAGAUUUCGAGAAACGUGCCAUUUGUGCAACUGGCGAACUCCAAGCUCAAUUACGUUGUUCCGUGAGCUUCCAUCCCGGAAGGGAUGCAUCCGCACCUAUGGAAAUAAUGAGGAUCUAUCAAGAAGCCGGUGGAGAUGCCAAGAGGGCCAUCAUGUCUCAUGUUGAUCGUACUUUAAUGAAAAAGGAGCAACUUAUGGAAUUCGCCGAUGCUACCAAAUGCUACAUUCAGUUUGAUUUGUUUGGUACCGAGUGUUCCUUAUAUCAGCUGAAUCCGUCGAUCGAUAUGCUGUCAGAUGCACAGCGUAUCAAACGUAUCGCGCUGUUGAAGAAAGAAAAGAAACUGGAUCGAGUUCUCAUGAGUCACGAUAUUCAUACCAAGCAUCGUCUGGUGUAUUUCGGUGGACACGGAUAUUCCCAUAUCGAAAAUAACGUUAUGCCAAAAAUGAUAAAUAAAGGUUUCACAAGGGAAGAGCUCGAAUUGAUAGCGGUCGAAAAUCCUAAGAGAUGGCUUACUCGACAAUAAUAUAUUUGGAGCAGGUUUUACUAAUUGUAACUUUCUAUAGAAUUAUCUAAAAUAUCCUACUAUCAACUUGACUUUUUGUAUUUCUAAUAGAGACAUGCUAUC